AUGGAUGAUAAACCCAGGCAUCUCCGGCCCCGAACGGCAAAACGGAAAGUUAUCGACGCGACCGACAACGACAGCGUCGUGGACUCGGGUACCAAAAGGCGAAGAGCAUCAGUUCGCGAACCCUCCAGCACCGCGAAGAAAGCCCGCAAGAGGAGAACCUCACCACAGGACAAGGGUGCUAAAAAUGCUAGCCCAUCAUUCUACAGGACACCCAGCACUAAGCGCAUGACCUCUCAUGCCAGCAUGAUAAACCAAGGGACCGUGGUAUACGCUACGGACAUGGAAGCACAGAUUGCGGCUGAAGCUCGUGGAGUAACGAGGAAGAAUAUCCCGUGGGACACAUUCCGUUCGAUAUAUCUUUCUGAUUUCGGAGCAAAGCCUCAACAGGAGCUGGCUGUCAACUCCGUGCGGAAGGUUGGCGAAGAACAACUGUUCUGGGGUCGGCUGCGCCAGUUGCUUUCCGACGAGGCUCUUUGUGACCUCAAGCUAUUUUAUGGCGGUACUAAGACUCUACCUGAUGCUAACAAGGGUAAGGAGGUGCCUUCUAAACCCGACUUCGUCCUCCAUGUCGGUGAAGACUCUCCUACAUGGGCGGAUGUGGAUCUUUUGUUCGAGCAUACGCGAAGCCAAGAAGUGGUCACCAAGAAGUUCUCACAGUGGCUGCGUGGUGCCUGGAGUGUUUUCCACCAUCAACCUUUCCGCCGUCACCUCUAUGGGAUCAUGUUUAUAAAACCUCGUGCCUAUGUGUGCUACGCUGAUCACGGCUGCGCCGUGUACUCCGAACCCCUCUAUUUCGCGACGAACAUUCAGCACACUCAGCUUCUGGUGGACUUUCUUACAUGGUUCAUAGCAAAUCCAGGGUAUCGUGGAAGGGAUCCGACAGUCGAAAAAGAAGAAGACUGGACUUAUAUUCGUCAUGCAGGGACAACAUGGGCUGAACUGCCAAAAGGUCCGCUAUGUUACCGCCCUUGCCUCGUCGGCAGAAAUAUCCGGGUCGCGCUGGUAAAGGACCAAGGUGCCAAAUUUCCCGAGAAGAGGGUGGUUAUGAAAAGCACCUGGGAAGAGAAACUUCCACCGGAAUCGUCACCGCCGUCGGAGGUAGAAGUUCUCGAAAUUCUUCUCAAAGCAAACGUCCGAGGCCUUCCACAACCCUGUGCCUUGGAGAGCGCGAUAGUGAGAGACGAUGGCAACUUAGAGGUAGAAACCCGCAGCUUCCCUGAAAACUGUGAGGUUGCACUCUCCGCACCAAAUACGAACCUCAUGGCGAAGAUGCAGGCAAGCUUCGUUUCCAGUCACACCUCGAAACCCUUGGCCCCCGGUGCCAAUGUUGGUGAGCCUCUCGUGCCCCGGGUCAAAAUUCAAAGACAACAAUUUAAUGAACCCCUUGAGGUCCGCAGGCGUCUUACCCGCGUUUUGAUGUCAUACUGUGUACCGUUGAAGGAAGCCAUGCGCUCUCGCGGCCCGGAAUCACUCAUGCGAAUCAUACGCGAUGCCAUGAUCACAUACUAUGAGGCGUACAAACUUCCAGAGUUUGGUUUCAUCCACGGCGAUAUCUCCAUUGAGAACAUCUUAGUUCCUGUGGAAGGUUGUGUACUCACCGGUGGCCUUACGUAUAAGGAUCGAAGGGGCACACUAAUUGACUGGAACUUAUGCUUUAACGCUCACGGAGCAUCAUCCAGCAGAACUUUUAGAAGCGGUACUCCUGCCUUCAUGGCGCCAGCUCUCCUUCAAGACGAGCCAAUCUCUCGACGAACCUUGGGCCAUGAUAUGGAAUCAUUCUUCACAGUCAUAAUCUGGAUAGCAACGCUGGAUUUCACCGACGAAGCCGCCUUUCGGGCCAAGCCUCUGGCUACUGUGAUGCUCGACAACAAGAAAACUCCAAUGGACAUUGUUGCCAAUAAGGGGUAUUGGUUCGAGCAUCGGGGACACUUCAUGAAGUCGGUAACUAAUUUCUUUGAGCACCCAUAUCGCGAUGAUGUACGGUUUCUUACGUGCUUAUUUAAGCUACGCGAAAUCCUCUACCCGAGUGAAACGUCUGACUUGAACACAUUCUUGUCUAGCAGUUUUGGGAAAGAAGACAACAAAGUGACGGAAGAUGCUGAUCCGAUGAAGGAGGCACUGUUUCGGGAAUGCAUGAAGGAGAUCGAUGACUACCUACACGAAACAAAGGGUCGUGAUGAAAUGCAGUGGAUCGAUUCUAACACGCUAGCGCGACGUACUCCAGAGAGUCUUGUGCAAGAGGGGAAGAGAGUGGAUUGA